CCAUUUGAAAUGAACAAUCAAACAGAUGUCACUGAAUUCAUCUUCUUGGGAUUUUCCAACCACCCCAACCUACAGGGCUUGUUCUUCCUGGUCUUCCUAGUCAUUUAUCUGACAACUCUCCUAGGCAACAUGCUUAUAAUAACAGCCACCAAGAUCAGUCCAGCUCUCCACACUCCAAUGUAUUAUUUCCUCAGCAACCUGAGUUUCUUGGACAUCUGCUACACAUCUACCACCAUUCCAGCCUUGCUAAUAAACUUCUUCCAGAAGAAGAAGACCAUUUCAUAUGAAGGCUGCCUUUCCCAGAUCUUUUUCCUCGUGACAUGUGCUGGCACUGAAUGUGUCCUAUUGGCUGCUAUGGCUUAUGACCGCUAUGUAGCCAUUUGCCACCCUCUUCAAUACCCAGUCCUCAUGAGUGUGAAUGUCUGCGUUUCUUUGGUGACUGGGUCCUGGCUGUGUGGGCUGGUGAAUUCUGUGACACACACAGUGCUGGCAACUGCACUCAGUCUUUGUGGGCCCAACCAGAUCAGCCACUUUCUCUGUGACAUCCCAUUGCUCCUAGAGCUCGCCUGCUCAGACACCUCUCUCAAUGAGUCUGUGCUCCAUGUGGCCAGUGCCACCAUUGGCCUGAGCCCCUGCCUAUUUACUGCAGUAUCCUACAUACUUAUCAUCUCUGCCAUCCUUAGGAUCCCCUCUGCUCAGGGCAGGAACAAAGCCUUCUCUACCUGUGCAUCCCACCUCACUGUGGUGGUGGUCUUUUAUGGAACAGCCAACCUCAACUAUGACAGACCCAGGGGAGGCUACUCCCUGGACAUGGACAUCCUGGUCUCUGUGCUCUUCUGUGUUGUGACUCCCAUGUUGAAUCCCAUCAUAUACAGCCUGAGAAACAAAGACAUCAAGAGAGCCUUGAGGAAACUGAUCCACCGGAAGACCUCGGUUGCCCACCUCUCUCAGCCCGUGAUCCUCUCCCCCCCCUCCACCUCCAUCUUUAGGUCCUUGGUCCUCACCAAUGCUACCGCCAUCUUUAGGUUCUUUGUCCUCACCUGCACCACCACCAUCUUUAGGUCCUUUGUCCUCACCUGCGUCAACACCAUCUUUAGGUCCUUUGUCCUCACAUGUGUCGCCGCCAUCUUUAAGUCCUUUGUUCUCAGCCACACCGUCUUCCUGUUCCUCUCCUCUUCCAUGUCCACGCCACCCCCUCUCCCUCUUCUUCUGCCUUCACCUCCCUCUUUCCCCACUGGAACAGGCUCCUCCCGCCCUCCGGUUCUGGAAGCCAUGGCCAAGACUCCUCCCAGCACAGACCCUCCUCCUUUCUCUCCCAACCUGACACCCCGCCCCACACCCACCAUUCCCCGUUUGUAUCCUCCUCUUCCAGCAUUGCUGCCAUCUUGUCCUUCACUUCCUGUUCCCACCCCACCACCAUCUUAUGUGCCUACGCUGCCCUUAGCACCCAGUUGGUCUAGCCCUCCAGUCACCAGAUCCAAGGCCCAGCAGCUGCCCCAAAGAAAGGCCCAACUAGUAGCCAAGAGGUUGUAG